AUGCCAUCAAACUACAGGAAUACACCACAAUGUGUUGGUCAGAUCAAAACUCAUGCGCUCUCAGAACUACACACAUCUAUCCCUGGGUGGCAAACUGAAUGGGGCCCUGCAGCUACAUGGGGAAAAAAAAUUCAUCACUUGCUUACCCAUGCACAGGAGAAAGAAAGGAGAACAACUGAUAAGUUCUUUGCUCACUGUGAGGACCAUGUCUGUAAAGGAAGGGCAAUACCACAUGACCUUCAGCUCCUCGCACAUCAUCCAAACAAGGGGCCGAUGCAAAUGAAAGACAUGUACAUCCAGAUGUAUGGCCUUAUGUCAUUGGUUCUCACUAAGGUCAUAUUUUUCGAGGUCAAGUUCAAGGAGUAUGCACCUGCAGUCCCUUUGAGCAAAGUUUCCAAAGUAUAG